GCAAUUUUAUGGGCAACGAGAAGGGGGAGGAAGGUGACAAUUGUUUGUUUGAUUGAAGAAGUGGGUUUGGUGAUGAUGGUAGCGGCUUGUCGACGGAGACACGAAAGGAAAGAGAAUGGCCGCUCUUCGGUAAGGAAGAAGAGGGAGAGGUUAUCGUGUGUUUCAACUAGAUAAGGAGGAGACCAUGCGCAAGAGUGAUUUCGGCCAUAAGAUUUUUACUCAUAUUUAGUGGCCACGUGUCAAGUUUAAAAUAGGAUCGGAGGAUCAGCCGGACUCCUCUCUGGUUCUCUUCCUGUAUUUACCAACUUCACUCUCUCUCUCUCUCUCUCUCUCUACAUAUAUAGAUGUAGUAUUAUAUAUCUCGGUUACGAAGGGGAUUUUAUUACUUGAGUCUCCAGCGGGAACUAAAACCAGAAUGUUUGGUGGGAUAGUAAAACCGGAAGGAUCGGCACAAGAGUUUUGGGGGGAAAACAAAAUUGGAGGUAGAGGUGGAUGGGGCAGCUACACAGUAGAGGUUCUACUCCUCAUAUUGAUAUUCCAAUUGGCUGCAAAAAUUAGGUUCCUGCUGGGGGGAUCCUUCUUGUCAACCAUUAUUACCCGAUUCAGAUCCGCCGCCGCCAUCGUCGUAUCCCCGGCUUCCAAUAAUAAUCACUCUUUAAAGUUGAAGAAUCCCACCGUUUCGCCUUCGAAAGACCACCCUCACAAGUACAACCACCGAGUUUCAGAAGCCAUAUCGGAUUUAGAUCUGAGGAAUUUAAUUGAUAGUCUUGAUGAGAAGUCCUACGAGUUGGAGAAAUGGGAUACUGUCAUAGACAGACAACAGAAUCUUCUUGCUUACAGUGCAAAAUCCUGUAAACCGAAGGAUGGUCCCCUGAAAUAUUUAAGCGUGACCAUUUUUGAAAAUUGCUCUGCUGAGAAGUUGAGAAAUUUCUACAUGGACAAUGAGUAUAGGAAGAAUUGGGACAAGACCCUUGCUGUCCAUGAGCAGUUGGAGGUUGAUGAAAGUAAUGGGACUGAAAUUGGCCGCAUAAUAAAAAAGUUCCCACUCCUUACAGCAAGAGAGUACAUAUUAGCUUGGAGAGUGUGGGAAGCAAAAGAUGGAACCUUCUACUGUUUUAGUAAGAACUGUGAACAUCCUUUGGCCCCAAGACAGAAGAAGUAUGUACGUGUUGAAUUCUUCAAAUCUGGUUGGCGAAUCAGGAAAGUACCUGGUCGAAAUGCUUGUGAGAUCAAAAUGGUGCACCAGGAAGAUGCUGGUUUAAAUGCAGAGAUGGCAAAGUUGGCUUUUUCAAAAGGCAUAUGGAGUUAUAUCUGUAAGAUGGAUCACGCAUUGCGCCAAUACUCUUCCGUGAAAUGUCUUCAAUCAAGUUUGGGAGUUACUGCAGUCACUCUUAUUCGGCAGGUGCCGGAGGAAUUAAAUUCCCUAGCCCACAUUUCUGGCCCAGCUUAUCCAGAAAACUCUGCGACAAAUUGCGGCCAAAUUGCCUGUGAGGGCAGUGAAAGGAAAUUUCUGAAGAGGCCUUCAAAUAAAUUGAUGGCCAAGGGGCUUAUACUCCUUGGGGGUGCAUUCUGCAUGUCUCGCGGACACUCUAACUUGGGCGCAAAGGUUGCAUGUGCAUACAUCUUGACUAAGUUGACUAAGCGUGGUGCCUCAAUAAACCAAAGCAGGCAAGGUUAAGGUUGAGCUUAUUCCAGAAGCCUAAGGCACGUCUGCCUGUUUUGGAUUGGGAGUUGAAUCUUCUUCUUCCUCCGGAAACUUGUUACAUCAAUGUCUGAUCUAACAAGAAUUGGAAAACUGGGCAGUCAGCAUCUUCUUCAGCCAGAGGUGACAUAAAAUUCUGCUCCUAUGCAGAAUCCAUGAAAAGCAGCUGCCCGCCAGUCAGUCAGGUUACAUUACAACAGUUACCAGCUGCAAAUCAUACCGUCUUAUCUCUGGUUAUUACGAGUAAUAAGUUUUGGUUCUCUCUGGCGCCUCCACUGGGACAGCUCCAAAUUGUACUACAUGAUCCCAAAACUCUUUUAUCUUUUCCAGGGUUGAUUGAGCUGGCAUUCGGCUACGCCAUAGAGUAAACAUUCCUCACAAUGCCACAAAAGUGUAAUAGCCAAUUAAUGGCCAAAAGUAUAUUCGUAUAAGGCUUUGCUCCAAUCUUACCCUAAACGAAGUUGGUCAACUUACACAGUCUCUCAAAUUGGGAGGUUAAUAAUUUAAUUCCUGUCAAUUUAUUUCUUA